GGAAGCCAAGGUGGUUUCCAGAAAGUCCCUGCUGGAGUGCCAGUCUCUUGCCAAGGCCAAGAUCCCAGAAGUGCUGAAAACCUUGGAAGAAACAAGGAAACAGAAAAAUCAGUACCAGUUUAAUGGAUACCUGUGGGCCUACUUUACCUCCAUAGACGGCCAUAGACCGGGCCUGGAUAAGAACAUGUUGGUGGAGGAGGUGGAGGAGGCUAAAUGUGACCAGUCUGGGAUGUAUCUGAUCAGUGUAGAGGAACACAAAACGAAUAGAGACCAUGGCAUGGUCCAGAUGUCGCUGACAAAGGAUGAGUACACUUGGUUUUCAGACUUCCUCAAAUUCAAGCACUGCCUCCCAGGGGGAAAAAAGUCCCAGCACUUUUUUUUCAAUUCUACAAGCACUCAGCUCAAGAACCUGCCUGCCUACCUGAGGGAGGUGUGGAAGGAGAUGGGUCUGCCUGAAACUCCUACCUUCACUGACCUGCGGACCUCCAUUGUCACUCAUGUCAAAAACAUGCUCCCGAAGGCUGACAGGGAAAGGGUGGCCAACUUCAUGUGCCACGACAUCCAGACGGCAGAUACAUUUUAUGCCAUCAAUUUAAAUCCGUCCCAAGCCAGUGAAACCAGGGCACUCUUCGAGGCAGCAUUAAAGGGAGAAGAUACCUCUGUCACCACCGAGAACCAGGCCUCCACCUCUUCAAAAAGAAAGCGGAAGGCAAGAGAGGAGGACUCCCUCUCCGAGGGGAGCACCACCCCCGAAGAGACCAAGGUGAUGUACCAGGAGUCUGGCCCGUCCUCCAGGGACUCGGAGGAGGAAGAGGUCGAGGAUGAGGAACGGACGGCCAGACAACCUGUGACACCCUCCAAGUUGACCAUGCCUGAGCUGGAGCAGUACCAUACCCCGAACAAGAAGCAGCUCAUCCUCAGGCGCCGCAUGGUGGUCGCCGUCAGCCCCCUGCUAGUCUCACCCAUCAAAUUGAAGAGCAAGUCGCCCCUCACCUCCCCCAUUGUCACGAUGCAAGGUAUGCAGCAGCUGAAUUCAAAUGAAGACCGACUCAAAAAAGCCAUUGCCUCAAGGAGGAGGAAGCUGGAUGAGAAGGUUCACAAGGAAAGAGGGGAGACUCUUAAAGACUCACUCACAUUUACACUGUUCUGAUUUUGUGUUGUGUGGUUUUCUAUUUUAGUGUGCUUGUUCAGAUCAUAAAAUGUGUGUAAUUUAUUCAAACUGUCUAAUCUAUUUUCCAUGUUGGUGUGAUUCUUUAUAAUGUU